AGCUCUCUUCCGGGUCAGGUUCUUUGGGUGAAUCCUAGCAGGGAUCAUCAUGGCAGAUUUUGGAGAGAUCCUUCGGGCUGUUGGUGAUUUUGGACUCUUCCAAAAGCUUCUCUUAUUUGGGCUCUGCUUCCCAAACCUCCUUCUACCUUUUCACCUUGCCAGUUUAAUCUUCAACCAGGCAGACACUGGUCACCACUGUAACACAGAUUGGAUCUUGAGGAUAGACGCUAAUCUGUCCAUAGAAGAACAGCUGAAUCUGACUGUGCCUUGGCUUCAGGAUGGCUCUUUCAGCAGCUGUGAGAUGUUCAUCCCUGUAGACUGGGAUAUCAGUGCUAUAAGAGAGCAUGGCCUCAACGAAACCACCUCCUGCACCAGUGGAUGGGUGCAUUAUGAUUCAAUUUAUGAAUCAACCAUAAUCACUGAUUUUGAUCUUGUCUGUGAAAAUGGCAAUGCAGUUGGACUGGCACAAACUGUCUUCAUGGCUGGUAUUCUUGUCGGGUCGCUGCUGUUCGGUCCUUUUGUUGAAUCGUUUGGUCGCCAGCGAGCCACACAGAUACCUGUAGUGCUCAUGGUGAUUUUUACAGUGGUGACAGGUCUUUCUCCAAACUUCUAUAUGUAUCUUGUAUCCCAGUUUAUUGUUGGAAUUUCAUAUGGUGGAUAUCGGGUCAACUGCAUUGUACUUGCAACUGAAUGGAUUGGAGUCAAAAAGAGGUCUUAUGCAUCUUUUUUGACACAAGUCCUGGGCGGCGUGGGACAGGCAGUCCUCGCUGGAAUUAUAUACUUUGUCCGAAACUGGAGAAUCGCCCAGUUCGUCAUGGCAGCCCCAAUUGCUGUGGUGGCUUGUUACAUAUGGUUCGUUCCAGAGUCUGCUAGGUGGCUCCUGGAUCGAGGUAAAACUGAAGAGGCCAAAAAGCUGAUUCUCAAGGCAGCUGCAAUUAAUAAACGCACAAUCCCUGACUCCAUACUGAUGAAGCUCACAAAUGAUAAGCCAGUAGAGAGAGGGGGAAUUAAAAGUCUCUUUGCCUCACCUAUUCUCAGGAGGUACUUCCUGUAUUUAACAUUUGGAUGGUGUGCAUUAAACCUGUCAUAUUACUGCCUUUCUCUGAACGUUGGCAAAUUUGGCCUCGAUAUAUUCGUUACACAACUCAUAUUUGGCCUGACAGAGGUGCCAGCUCAUUUAAUCUGUCUAUGGCUACUGGAAGCAGGAGGAAGGAAACUGGUCCUCAUGAGCACACUCCUCGUGGGAGGCUUUGUCUGUCUCCUGAUCCUCGCUGUUCCUCAAGAUAGUGCCAUUGCAAUUACUGUUCUUGCAACUGCUGGGAGAUUUUUAAUGAAUGGUGCAGGCUCCGUCUGCAACAUUUAUGUUCAAGAGCUGUUUCCCACUUCCAUCAGACAGACAGCUGCAGGCCUGGGUGCCACAGCCACACGUGUUGCUGGGAUGCUGUCUCCCCCAUUGAACCUACUGGAGGUUUACCACUGGACCAUUCCCACUCUGGUCUUCAGCACCCUCUCUCUCAUAGGUGGGGCUCUCGCCUUCCUUCUGCCUGAGACCAGACGCAAGGAGCUGCCAGACUCCACAGAGGAGGCAGAGGGAAGGAGGAAAGUGGAACUCGUGGAGAAGAAGGAGCUUGGUCAAGCAAAGGAGGAAUGUAAAGCCACUAAGAUGUAG